UCGUAAGCGACCAUCUCUCGUAAGCGACCAUUUUUUCUGAUCCCGAGGUGGUCGCUUACGAGAGAGUUGACUGUACUUCCACAUGCAUUAUUUAUUACUAAUCGUUCAAGUGAGGCCUUGCUGUUAAAAUAAUUACUGAAAACACAAGAUACAAUUCCCUUCUUUCCUUUAGUGUGAUGGGAGAUUGUUUCUCUUUGAUGUUUUAAUGCGUAGUGUGUUACCUGUCAUGUAUUUGCUAGGAGAAUAGCUAGGGAAGUCAGAGAACGAAUGUAUGUAUGCCAAUUAGUAGCCAUCAGCUAAAACAGAAUUAUAUUUCAAUGAAUAGGUUCAUGAUGAAUCUAAUGAAGAAAUGCGUUCUUAGACUGGCUUUAUAUUUUGCUUAUGGAUUGUUUGGAAGCUGGUUGUUUUGUUCUAUCGAGAAAAGAGAUGAAAAUUACUCCAUAACCGGACAAAGGUUGCUUGACAAGUUGAAGCAAAAAAUGGCUGCUAAAUAUAACUUGACAAACUCAACAGACUUCUACGAGUUUGUUUUGGCAGCUUCUGAAGCAAUUGCAGUUCAAAGUCAACCUGACUGGACAUUCACUAGUGGGUGUGGUUUCGCGUUUGCUGCUCUGACUACUGUUGGUUAUGGUGAUAUGUCUCCCAAAACGACUGUUGGUAAAGUCGUCCUCAUACCUUACUGCCUGAUAGGUCUACCACUAACUAUGCUGGCUUUGAAAACAUCAGGAGAAGUGAUACAUCUGUCUAUUAAAACUAUCGCAGUCAACUUCGAAAGGAAAGUUCUUAAACGCCAGCAUCCCGAAAAGAAACUCAUCAAAUGUUUCAUAAUAAUUAUUAGCAUUAUGACAGUCGUUAUUUGUGCUGCUGCAGCAGGAGAGGUGGCCUUGGAGGGUUGGACAUUUCUAGAUGGUGUAUAUUGUUGGUUUGUUACAUUCACUACUAUUGGUUUUGGUGAUUUUGUUCCAUUUAAACAAUACAGAGAGAAGAAUGAAAACAAUGACACAAGAUGGAGGGUAUAUGUUGCUGGUAUUCUUUUUACCGUUCCAUUUGUUGGUGGACUCUGUCUUGUGUCUAGCUURUUGAGUGUAAUCAUACAGGGAUCAGAAAAUGUCAAAAUUCAUUUUCACAAGAUUUGUUCAUGUUGUGGACAACAAACAGGGCCUGAAGCAAACGAUGUUGACAGCAGUAAGACUGAUAUUAGGCUUCAGUCAUUCAGUGUUAAUCCACAAAAACACACCAAAUCAUGAAAUGAAACUUUGCAAGAGCAUUCUUUUCWGCUUCGAAAUAAUAAAUUACAAUCAUUAUCAGACAAGAUUAAGCAGUGCAUGGAGCGGGAUCGGAACUUAUUUCCAGCAAUGAAAAGACGUCAAAUUGCUAGAUAGUCGUAUGGAUUUACAUUGAGGCAAGAGAUAUCAAGGACCCCAACACGUUAUGUGAUGAACUCUACAGUCAAAGAGGGAGGAAACGCACCUUAUCACUCAGUACUGCAUGUAAUUUGUGCUUUGCAUUGGAUUCGUCCGAUGUGCUGAUUGUAGGUUUAGCGAGACGUUUCUAAGUUGUUUACGACGCAUUCAAAUAACACACAUGCCUUGUUUCAGACUUUAUUUGAUAAAAUUGAACAUUCCAAACUGUCCAAAAUCGGGAAUGAUAAUAUAAUACUAUUAAUGUACACUCAAAAUAAGCAGGAACAGAAAAAGGCACAGAAGUUGAGACUACUGAAGGAAACAAGAAUGGUGAUGACAAUAAAUGAAUUCUAUUCUUACACUUAAAACUUCUGUGCUUUUUGAACCCGACAACUUUUAUUUUAAUUAAGAACGUUUUUUCCUUGUCUGAUAUGAUCAAAUCGACGAACUGUCAAUCACAGCUGACAAUCUCAACAACA